AUGUAUUAUGUCAGUUGCUGAUUGCUCGUUUCUCCAGCCUGGUCCGUUAGAAGGGCCGUAGAAAGGAAUAGAAGUCUCCGAUUUCCUCAGCGACCCAAAACACAACAUCAAUUUAUCCACCAGCUGAUGAUCCCAUUCACCCACAAUGCAUCAACUCUGUGCUUUUAACUCAGUGGAGAAUGAAUUGACUUGAAUUGAAUUGAACAUGCCUUUGGCGCUCAACAAUAACAAUAAAUAAUGAGCUUCCAACACCUGACCUGCUAACCUAACCAUUGCUCGAGUGUACGUUAUUAUCUCGGAUUGUCCGUAUUUUUGCACGGCUUCUGGUUGGAGAUUACCCAUUUCGUGAAAUGCAAAGUUUAUUUCGUAAUAUACCAACAAUAUGCCUCUUUUAGACGACAUUUCCCAGUUUUUGUGCACCUGGCAGGGGAGAGACAAAACCAUAAGGACAUGCAGCUUCGGCUUGGGUUUCAUCUCGGGGGUAUUUCCCACCCAACAACAGAAACUUGGUGCGAUCCAAGGACAGUUGAGUAGUUGUCGAGUCGUGCUGAGGUUGUUCGGUGACUUGCCUGUGUGGUUACACUGUGUGGACUACGGACUCGGUGCCAAGGAGAAGCACCCAUUAAUGAAAGUGCUUGGAGUAAUAAACAAUGUAUUUGACUUAUUGUACUUCCCGAUUGAACAUAUUGCGUGGUUGGGAGAUUUAAGAGUUGUCGACGUGAACUCAAGUAAAUGGUGGAGACUUGGCAUCAUCACUUGGGGAUUGUCUCUCUGGACUGGAAUUGUGAGGAGUCUGUUGAUGAUUUAUAGCAUGCGACUUGUCCGGGCAAAACUCAUUAAACAGAAGAAAUAUGGUGCUCUGGAUGGAAGUGAGGAGAACAUGAACAGACACUUGGCUGAGCUGAUUCAUAAGGAACGUAUCGAAGUGCUCCUACUUGUCCAAAGAAUUUCGGACCUCUUGAAUGCGAUCCAUUGGAUGCCAGAGGGAUUUCUGUGGGCGCAGAAACUUUCAAAGACGUGGUCAGGAUUGUUUGGCCUGAUUUCCUCAUCUGUGAUGGUGUACAGUGCCUGGAUCAACCAGCAAGCAGCAAAAACGAAAUCAACAUAGAUGACGUCAAGAAUUGAUUAGUUUCAAUCCUUGAUGCUGUGUGCGGUUCAGAGAAUUGGUGAUGUCACAUCGCUCAUCCGUCGACAUGAGAUUCAACCAUGCUAAAGAACGAGCUAGAUCCAGGAAAAAUACUUGCUGUUGCGAAGUGGUCGCUAUAGCGAGGUAAAAACGUAGAAAUGGACAAAUACAUAUAUAUACUUGGGUCUUGUCCCAGUUGACAUGUCCGAAAACCAACAAACUGUAUUUUGGAGGGAGGAAUUUUUCAUCUAGUGAUUGGACUAUUGGCAGAGAUAUGGGGUCGAAUUAGUGGUCCCCAUGUGACUUAUAAGGGGUGAAAUUAGCUUUUUGGUCUUGGGGGUAGGGGUGGAGGCAAAAGGCUCUGAAGGUGGGGGCAAAAUGACAAUUUUAAAGAUUUUCAGCCAAAAUAUCACGGUCAACAACACAUAUUUUGGUGACUUCUGCGAGGCAUUUGCCCUAUACCUCUGCUAGCUAUCCCCAUGAUAUGCAGUCAAGGGACUGUGUUUGGUUUGGUUUAGCAAUAAAUAUUUUCCUGGUGCUAGCAUGAA